CCCUGGGCAGCUAGGCCCGGGCUCGGGAGCGCGCACGCUGUGCGUCCCGGGCUCGCUCGGGAUUCUCGCCUGGCGCGGCGGGGGAAAGGCGAACUGUGUGGGUAGCCAUGUUCUUCUCCGCGGCGCUCCAGGCCCGCGCGGCUGCCGUCGCCGCCCAGUGGGGAAGACAUAUAAGGAAUUUCCAUAAGACAGCUGUGCAAAAUGGAGCUGGAGGAGCUUUAUUUGUGCACAGAGAUACUCCUGAGAAUAACCCAGAUACUCCAUUUGAUUUCACACCGGAAAACUAUAAGAGGAUAGAGGCAAUUGUAAAAAACUAUCCAGAAGGGCAUAAAGCAGCAGCUGUGCUUCCAGUCCUGGAUUUAGCUCAAAGGCAAAAUGGAUGGUUGCCCAUCUCUGCUAUGAAUAAGGUUGCAGAAAUUUUGCAAGUACCUCCAAUGAGAGUGUAUGAAGUAGCAACUUUUUAUACAAUGUAUAAUCGAAAGCCAGUUGGAAAGUAUCACAUUCAAGUCUGCACUACUACACCUUGCAUGCUUCGAAACUCUGACAGCAUACUGGAGGCCAUUCAGAAAAAGCUUGGAAUAAAGGUUGGGAGACUACACAUGAAACUUUUCACUCUUUAGAAGUGAAUGUUUAGGGGCUGUGUAAAUGCACCAAUGGUUAAUAAUGACAACUAUUAUGAGGAUCUCACACCUAAGGAUAUUGAAGAUAUUAUUGAUGAACUCAAGGCUGGCAAAAUUCCAAAACCUGGGCCAAGGAGUGGCCGCUUCUCUUGUGAGCCAGCUGGAGGUCUUACCUCUUUGACUGAACCACCCAAAGGACCUGGCUUUGGUGUGCAAGCAGGCCUUUAACUAAUAUUCAACUGUAAAUAUGUCACUGGAGAAAUAAAAUAUGAACUUCCUAUCUACA